AUGAAUUCUUCUACUGCCGCAGAUAUUUUAUAUUCCAUCUUUGAUUUUCUCAGUAAAGAUAAUAUAAUGCUCAGUGAAGUAAUUAAUUAUGGUGUUCAGUUUGAUACUACUAGUAUAUUGCCCAAUAUAAAUAAUAAUUUUAUUAACGAAAAAUGGAAUGAAGACAAUCAAGACCAUGAAGCAAUGAAAUUGCUUCCAGAAAGAUAUGAAGAUUAUAUCUGUAUAAAAUCGUCACCAGAUGGAAAUUGUUUUUUCAACAGCGCAUCUUUAAUUGUUUUUGAUAACGAAAAUAUAAUUAUAAAUGAUUGUGGUUUUAAAAAAGAAAGUGAAUAUAUUUCAGAAUUGAAAUUAAUGUGCAAGCCACACUCUUGGAAUUCUAUGAUGGCAUUUUUUGGAUUAGCGUCAGUAUUAUAUAAAUGUAGCUGGCAUAUCGUGUAUCCUUAUACCCAUUUUAUUGAUUACAGAGACCUUAGGGGUUUUGUAGAAAAAGUCGCUGAUAGGGUUGGGAAGCCAUACUCAGAGUUUAUUGAUGUUGGACUCUAUAAAUCUCACUUUAGUCACCGCCUCCUUGGAUCAGCAAAAGAGGAUAGAGUUAAAAGACCUGUAUUAUCUUCAGUUAAACAAGGAUAUUGCAAGCUAGAAAAUUAUUUAGUUCAGCCUAAAUCCAAUUAUUCUGAAAUCUGGCCCCGAACCUUUUCUUCUGAAAAGCCAGAAAAGGAUGAAUUCCAACCUAUCAAAAAUGAAACUGCUUUGAGCAAAGGAGCUAGUCAAGUUACGGCAAAAUUUGGAUGGCUUGAGAUCGGUAGCAUUAAAAAGGGAUUUAUCAACUUUCAAGCGAAGUCAUAUGAAGCGUGUCCUAUUUGCGAUAUCUGUCACGAAAGAGAUCAGUUAUAUGGCUUUCUUCUGAGAGAUGGAUGCUUUAUACUCAAAUGCUAUUGGCAAAAACAAUAUAAACCUGAUCAUAGAGGAUUGGUAUUUAAGGGAGCAUCAGAUAUAAUCAAGCCGAAAGAAAGACCUAAACAAAAGAUUGUUGAUAGAAUGGCCAAUGCCAUAUCAAAUCCAUACCCACUUUCUGAACUAUCUGGAGGAGUUAUUAAUGUAAAGGAGAUGGAAGAUUUCCCAGAAGCUUAUCCCGAUUUCUUGAAUGAACCAGGAGUAAAGCUAAUUUGCCCUGCAUUCUCUGGAUUUCUUACCGAAAAACUCUUAGUAAUGAAUCACUGGUCCAGGUUGAGUCUUUCUCGUAUAGAGUUUUUAGCCCGUCCGAUUGUAGCUAUUUUAGAUGAAGCUAAUGCAAUUCAUCGCCAAAUGAGUAGUGGUGUAAAUGCACGAGAAUCUGAGAGUGUGAUGCAUGACGUACUAAAAACGGCCCAGCAUAUACUCGCAAUGGAUGCCUUUGCAAACGAGUCGACCCUAAACUUCCUCAAAGCCUAUCGUGAAGAUGAUAUUUGGUGA